UGGAGACUGUCAUUUCAUUUUGCUUCCUACAAACACACACACACACACCAACUCAUACUGUUCUGAAACUACACCAAAACGAAUUAUUAGUCUCACUACUAUCCCACUCACAACAUACGCACGCGCAUAGUCAGGUGCUUCCUGGUGCUUCAUUGCAGGAUCACAGUCUGGGGAACCGAAACGGUCAGUGAAGGCGUCCAGGAAGCGCCACCGGCAGGCGACAGACCGAGAAAUGCGGCAGUAUCCGCGACUCUCUGCCAGGUAGCCGUGAAAAUCAGAAGCGCGUGGCUCCGGUGUCGCGACGGUGUUUUAGUUUCCCGCCGUCGGCGCGAGCAGCUGCUGACGCGAUGCUUUAGCCAUGGACAGCAGGAUAAAUGAGAAUCCUGCAAGGACUUUUGAUUUGGCUCUUCAGGUUGCCUGUCCAUCAUCUGAAAAUGAAGAUCCGACAGUGCUGUGGAAGUUCCCUCAGGACUUUGGAGACCAGGAGGUCCUGCAGACAGUGCCUAAGUUCUGCUUCCCAUUUGACGUGGAAAGAGUAUCUCCAACUCAGGUGGGCCAGAACUUCACGUUUGUGCUCACAGAUAUUGAAAGCAAGCAGAGGUUUGGGUUCUGUCGGCUGACGUCCGGCUGCAAGCUCUGCAUCUGCUUGCUCAGCUAUCUCCCAUGGUUUGAGAUUUAUUAUAAGCUGCUAAAUACCCUUGCAGACUACUUAUCGAAACACCAGGAAGAUGACUUGAACGACAUGCUGGAAACACUGCACAACCACCCCGUGCCAAAGCCGAAUACGCCAGUAAAUCUGAGUGUGAGCAACCACUUACAUUUUGCCAAUGGGCAAGUAGUGCUGCAUCCAGGAAGCAGACAGUUGCAUUCGUACUUCGUAGCUCCUGAUAUUAACGGACUACCCACUAUACCUGAAAGCAGAAAUUUAACUGAGUACUUCGUAGCAGUGGAUGUGAACAACAUGUUGCACCUUUACGCCAGCAUGCUGCAUGAGCGACGCAUCAUCAUUACCUCAAGCAAGCUUAGCACUUUAACUGCAUGCGUGCAUGGGUCCACUGCCAUGCUCUACCCUAUGCACUGGCAGCACAUCUUCAUCCCUGUACUUCCUCCUCAUCUGCUGGAUUACUGCUGUGCGCCCAUGCCAUAUUUGGUCGGAGUUCAUCUCAGCCUUUUAGAGAGAGUAAAGAGCAGGUCCCUGGAGGAUGUGGUCAUCCUGAACGUGGACACAAACACCCUGGAAAGCCCCACAGAUGACCUGCACAACCUGCCUAGUGAUGUGGUGUCGAGCCUGAAGAGUAAGCUGAAGAAGCAGUCCACGGCGACCGGCGCUGGUGUGGCCCGGGCCUUUCUGCACGCUCAAGCCGCCCUCUUCGGAUCCUACCGGGACGCCCUCCGAUAUAAACCCGGAGAGCCAAUCACCUUCUGCGAGAAGAGCUUCGUGGCACACCGUUCCAGCGCCAUGAGAGGCUUCCUCGAGAUGGCAGUGAACCUGCAACUCUUCAAGCAGUUCAUUGAAGGCAGACUGGCCAAAUUAAACGCAGGAAGGGGCUUUACAGACGUCUAUGAAGAGGAGAUCACAGAGGGCGGCUUCUGCAAGAGUAAUUCGAAGUCUUAUCAACAGUGGAUUCACACCAAGAUGCGGGAGAGGGCGAAACCAGUUGUGAAGAACUUUCAGAUGGCCAAAGAUCAUGCGAAGCGGAAAAUACGCGACAUGAAGGACAAGAUUACACAAAAGGACACUGAAGAGGAGGAAAGCCCAUACUGUGAAGGUUCUCCCACCAGCACUAAAAGCCUCUCGCCCAGGAGACUUCAGAGGAUAGCGUAUCAAAACCUGAAGUCGUCUCCACACAUGCUCUAUCCUGACAGUUAUAACAAUGACGACAAUGCGAGCAGAAUCUCAUCUGAGGACAGCGGGGAGGUGCCGUCCUACAAUGAGGACAGUGAUGAGUCUGAUUUAGAGCUUCAGUCUGAAGUCAGUCAGUCGGGACAGAUGAACCUGCUGGAGGAGAUUCUGGACUCGCUCAGUACAUCCCACAUCGAGGAGGGCAGACUGUCUGCCGCCAAGAGCCUCGACUUCUUCAGGUCAUUCGAAGACCUUGACUACAAUCCCAAGAAAAGCUUCAAGUCUCCACUGUGCAGUAGUCCUGCUGCGACCGGAUGUGAAGUAGGAAACGGAGAACCAGCCGGCUGGAAAACAGGUCAAGAUGACAGCGCCAUCCACGGUAAACAUCUCCCGCCUUCACCUCGACGCCAAACCAGCUCCUGCUCCCUUCCAGUCCAUCCUCCCCCUCCCACUGAAAACGUCCCAAUGAGGAACUCUCUCCCGGAAACUCCCACAAUACAGAUCAUGCUUCCCGACAUGGAAAAGCCAACCAAUUCAGCUGAUGGCCUACUGAGCCCCGAAAAAAAGUACCUAGCAGCCCGAAGCCUCUCCAGACAGAAGGUCCUUUCCAGAAAAACCCAGAGGCCCCAUCACGAGCACAAGACAGCAAGCGGACAACUUUCAAUGCAUGUACCCUGGGAGAUGGAAAAGCAGCUCCUGGGCACAUGUAUAGAAGGAGGAGGCAGUGAGACUCAGGAGAAAGGCUUGUUAGAGGAGAUCGAGUCCAUGUGUCGCAUUAGCAUGGCCUUUGAUAGCAACCAGGAGUUCAAUCAGAACAACAGCAGCCGGGACAAAUCCUGAGACAGCAGCACAACACUUGUGUUUAUCAUUGUCUGUUUUCUCUUCUGACGUCACACCAGCACUCUUCAUAUGUGAAGGAUCUGCAGGGCUGUUUAGUGGUUUAUAUGAAUGAUCGGUCCUCUUAUUUCUUAACCAAAGGGCAAAAGUUUGAGAACAGUUAGAUUUUUUUUUUCUGCUCACCA